AUGGAGGGAGCCGAGACAGGUGACAAAAUAGCGCCGGCGACAGCAGCACCUCUGCUUCUGCCCAACCGCGCGCCAAAAGGUGUGCGGGUACGGAAGACUGCGACACUCAAAGGCCACAAGGAUCGUGUCUGGUGCGUGCGCUGGUGCCCCACGGCCCCUGUGCUCGCUUCCUGCUCAGGUGACACUACCGUCAAAUUUUGGGGCCGCGGCCGGUCCGCGGAGAGCGACGAUGAGGUGUGGACAUGCCUCGGUUCCCUGGAGGGGGAACAUAGCCGUACCAUUCGCCACAUCAGCUGGAGCCCCAGUGGUGAGUACAUCUCGUGUGCUUCUUUUGACCACACGGCUAGUGUGUGGCGGCGCAACGGUAACGACGUCGAGUACGGCUUCGAGAUCGAGGGCGUUCUGGAUGGGCACGAGAGUGAAGUGAAGUGUGUCGAGUGGGCGACCGACAGCAUGCUUGUCACGAGCUCGCGUGAUCACACGGCGUGGAUUUGGGAGCGCGUGGGUGAGGGCGAGUACGAAUGUGGUGGUGUCUUGACAGGGCACAUACAGGACGUUAAGCACUGCCAGUUUGUGCUUCCACACAACGAUGGCGACACGCCACUUGUCGUGACGUGCGGAUACGAUGAUACAAUCAAGGUGUGGUUGGAAGGGCACCACCAGGAUGACUGGCAGUGUGUCCAGACGAUAACGGCGCACGAGGCCACCGUCUGGGCCACAGCCCUCCAGAAACUCGAGGUGCCAAUGGAACUGGUCAGGGCAUCGCACGCCAAUCAUGCGCUCUUGCCCCAGCCCUUGCUCUGCAGCUGCUCAGACGACCUAGUCAUUAUUUUCUGGAAGCGCAACGCUGAGGGCAAGUUUGUUGAAGCCGCUCGCACCUCUGGCUUUGCAGAGCGCUCUUUAUUCGAUGUGGAUUGGGCACCGCACAACUCACCAGUGGUAGCGUGUGCCAGCGGUGACAACAGCUUCUCGCUGCUGGGCGUUUACGAAGAUGAAACUGGCGUGCACGCCUGCACACUGGCGCAUGUCGCAGAUGCGCACUUGGCCGACGUCAACAGCGUCAGUUUCGCUUCACAAGGGACCCUGACGGCGUGCAACGCGGAGGGUGAAAAGACAGGCGUACUAUUGGCCACUGCUGGUGAUGACAACGUGAUCCACAUGUGGACCGUGUCUGCGGAGAUAGAGUGA